AAAUAAACAUGAGUGAUCAAGAUGAAAACAAUCCAGCAAAUUGCAGUUGCUCUAAAGCAUUAGGUUUUUUCUCCAUGUGAAAGCAGAAACCAGAAGAGCCAGAGCUUCAGAGAGGACAGGCUCAAAAAUCCUCAAAGAAUAUGCAUAGGAUGACGAAGAGCAAUACCCACCAUCAGCGAGUUUAUAAAUAUGAAAGUACAGGGAUGCCAGGUUACCAAAAUAUUCAGCACCCCGUGAUGAGUGGACGUAGAGAACAGCGACACAGCGAGUUGAUGAUGCCUAACGUUAACACUGUUAACAUAGUCAUCAACCAAUAUGCCAAUAACAGGCCAAUAGAGGAGGAAAAGAUUAGCAAAAUUAUUCAUAAUAGCAUUAAGAGUAUUGCCAAGAUUAUAGAAAGCUCCUCAAAUGAUCGUAAAUAACCCUCAUCUUAUCAAAAAGGAUCUUUCAAUGAGGCCACCUAGACUCAAAGUCAGGAAGAUCAAGAAGGUCAAAAAGAAGAGUACAAGGAAAGAGAAGAACUUUUCGGUUGACGGUAGGGAGGAAAAGAAGGAAUGAAACAAAGAUCUUGACCUAAACGUCGAACUCAAAGAAAAUGUAGCAGACGCUCUUAAUACAAUAGAGGAGAAUUACAAACUCAAGCUAAAUAUGUCCCAGCCUAAUAUUGAUAUUAAAGGAAUAAUAAGAAAAACAGAUAUGAAGAAAGACAUGCGCGCUGCUUCUUUCAAACCUGAAAUCAAGAGGCUAUCUGACUCCUUGAUAUUGAAAAGAAUUCGCAUCCAAAAUGUUCGCGAGAAGCUAAAGGAGGCAGUGAGGGGAUAACUCUUGUACUAAUUGCUGUAAAAAUC